AUGGCUAAUAAAGAGAGCGAGCAAGCGAAAAGAAAGGCUCGAUCUGAGAGGUUUGGGAACGGCGCUAAAGGAAUUGAGGAUCUUGAUGAGGAGACUGCGAGGAAGCUUGAAAGAGCACAGAGGUUCGGCUUGGUUACUGCCGACACUGAAGCUGAGAAGAAGCGAAUGAGGAGUCUGCGAUUUGGUACGUAA